CUCUGAUCGAAAGGCCAGCUUCGCCAGUCUUCCCCAAAACCCCCAAAACUCCUCUCGUCCUCCUUCCUCUCCAGCCGCCGCCGCCGCCGCUCCCCGACGCCCGGAGCCGAGCAUGCCGGGCGCCUUCCACUCCCUCCUCCCCCUCAAACGGAAGCGCAAAUCCAAGCGCGGCCGCAGACGCAGUCACCCAAAGGAGAACGACCCCAACUCGUUCCACCUGAGAAGCUCCAGCUCCGCCUCCUCGAGAGACAUCGGAUGCCUCGUCGAGCCGCUCGGAAACCUCUUCCUCUCCGCCACCCCGCGCGGCAACCUCCGGGACGCGGGGCUGGGCGCGCUCCGGCCGCUCCCGGACGACCUGCUCCUCGACGUCCUGGGCUUCCUCCCCGCGCGCGACCUCGCGGCGCUCUCGGCCGCGUCCAAGGCGCUCUACGUCGUCGCCUCCCACGACCCGCUCUGGCGGGCGCUCGUCCUCGACGAGCUCGGCGGCGCGUUCGACUUCGCCGGGUCCUGGCGCGCCACCUACAUCGCCGCCGCCUCCCGCGGCGGCCAGGCCUACCUCAUCCCCCCGCGCGCUCUGAAGAUCAAGGGAUUCUACUCCGACUACCUCUUCCAGAGCUGGCUCUGCGCCAACAUGGAGAUGCGGCACGAGUGGCUCGCGCGGGACAACAUCGAGCGCCGCCGCGGCAUGUCCGUGGAGCAGUUCAUCGCCGAGGUCGAGGAGCCCAACAGGCCGGUGCUGCUGGAAGGGUGCAUCGAUACCUGGCCAGCGUUGCAGAAAUGGAGCAGAGACUACCUGCUGGAGAUCUCGGCGGGCAAGGAUUUCGCUGUCGGGCCAGUGAGCAUGCCAUUGGAUAGGUACUUCCGGUAUGCUGACAAUGUCCAGGAGGAGAGGCCAUUGUACCUGUUUGAUGCGAAGUUUGCUGAGAAAGUGCCGGAGAUGGGGAGGGACUAUGAGGUUCCGGAGUACUUCAGAGAGGACCUGUUUAGUGUUCUUGGGAAGGAGAGGCCGGAUUACAGGUGGGUUAUCAUUGGACCAGCAGGGUCGGGCUCAUCGUUCCAUGUCGAUCCCAACUCGACGUCGGCAUGGAAUGCUAUCGUCAAGGGGGCUAAGAAGUGGGUGAUGUUCCCACCAGAGGUUGUGCCGCCUGGUGUCCACCCAAGUGCUGAUGGAGCAGAGGUCACCAGCCCUGUGUCUAUCAUGGAGUGGUUCAUGAACUUCUAUGGGGCUUGUAAGACCUGGGAGAAGAGGCCUAUUGAAUGCGUGUGCCGAGCUGGGGAGGUGGUUUUCGUGCCUAAUGGAUGGUGGCAUUUGGUCAUCAAUCUUGAAGAGUCAAUUGCCAUUACCCAGAAUUAUGUGAGCAGGAGGAAUUUGUUGAAUGUUCUUGAUUUCCUCAAGAAGCCCAACGCAAGUGAGCUUGUCUCCGGGACUACGGACAGAGUGAAUCUGCACGACAAGUUCCGUGGUGCCAUCGAGGCUGCCCACCCUGGCAUGAUCAAGCAGCUUGAGCUUGAGGCUCAGCAGAAGGCCGCUGCUCGUAAGAAGAAAGCGUCAUUCUGGGAUUCGGCUGCCGAUGCCAAGAGUGGAGGAUUCAAGUUCUCCUUCUGAGUUUCACAACGGCAAGGUCUCUGAUCUUCAUGUUUGAGUGGAUCUGGUUUUCUUGGUAACAGUUAAGCAAUUUUGUAUGCCCAUUUUUCCUUGAGCAGUCAGCAGUACCUUCCUGGUGGACAACGAUCAUGAGCCCUCCCAUUGGCAUGGUGCUCACCGGGAAUCUAGCUAACUGAUUAUCUGAUUUAAUUUGUACCAUGAGCUGCUACAUUAGUGUCAUCCAAAUUUUUUACACAAUUCACCGCAAGAACGAUUGCAUUGCUGUGCCGUGCAACUUGUAUUCUGGUACAAUUGAGAAUACCAUGCCAAGAACAAUUGCAGUGUUUGGCAUACCAUGUAACUUGCAAAGUUGCAAUUGGAUAACUGGUUUCCUCAAGGAAAGGAAAAGGGAAUGUUGCAUUUGCCUUC